AUGGUCAUCAGGAUUAUUUGGUGUUUACUGCUGGUUGGAGUUGUCGCUGCUAAUCAGAAUUCUACUACGACCCCCUCGACAAUUUCGGCUCCUUCGGGAUCUAAAACUUCCGGAAUUAAAGCGACUAAACUGCCGAAAAAUAAAGUGCGUCGUUCUAAUUAUUAUUUAUCUAAUGGUGUCAAAAUUUCAUCCCCGUCGUCUUUUAGUCCAUUCGAGACCAGCUUGAAUUCACACGCGGUACGAAGCGCGUCUUUUAGUAACAGUUUUCCAAAAAGUGAUUUUACAAAAUCCCCAUUGAUAAAAGCAUUCACGCCGCACUACGAAAUAAAUUCUUUAAAAUUAAUUCCGGAAACUUCACAAGUAUCGAAGGCUUACUUCAAAAAUUUUGCUGCCAGCGCUAAAAAAGCUCCCAUUUUGUACACGAGCUCGAACUCGUUUCCGAAAUUCGAAGAAGGACAGCUGAGCAAAUUCAGCUCACGUCCAGUGUCGGGUUCUGUGGGUCAAUAUGCCAAAGACUAUCUAGAGACAAAAUCAAUAUCAGCUUCACCCUCGUUUGAAACUCCGGAGCUAACAUCCGGAGGGUUUAAGCCCAUCAGUCCACCCCAGUUUCAAAGUAACCCAAAACUUUCUGGAGCCUUGAGGACUUACGAUGAGACUUAUCAAUCUUAUGGUAAUCCCACGGGUUUCUCUAUAGUCUCUUCGGUAGAAAACUUCCAAGCUUACCCGCCAAUUAGCCCUACAAUUAUAACUAAUUUAGCUCACUCACCAUCGACGGCUGCCUUGAAAACAAGGAGUCAUGAUAAUUAUCAGCUACUUUCUGCACAGCCGCAAUUGCACUUUCACACAGCUAUUCCACAACCUGUUUAUCAUUCCCAACCUUUUGGUAGAAUAAAGAGCGACGUCGAGGUGAUUGGCAAAAAACCGCAGAUGCCGUUUCCAGAUGAUGAUUCCGAAGAAGAUUUUAAGCCUGUAGAAAUACCAGCCUCUGGAGAAUCAUUCGAACAACUUCAGUCAGUAAAAACUGAUCAGCGAAAUCCAUUCGAGUUACCAGAGUCUUCAAUUUUCAGUUCGUAUGACAACGCCUUUGGAAAAUUGUCUCAAGCACCCAGAAUACCUAUUGUCCAUAGCGUAGCUACUCUUCCCAGUGGUUCGAGGCCUCGUGAACUGAAAGUGGUAGAAAAACCUCUCCGGUACGGGGUCACAAGCAGCAGUGAAAAUGAAAAACAAGUUUACGAGCCAUCUGAAGAAUAUUCCUCAGAUUCAAAUGAAAAUUACAACCAUGAAGAAAAUUCUAAUAAUAAUAAUGAGGAAAGUCAGCAGAAAUACAGCGUCGAGAGGAAUAAUUUCGAGCGGCCUCAUUUUCAAAACUUUGAUCAUGAUUUCAAACAAGAUUUCGAGGAAUCUUAUCAACAAGAACUUCCUCACGAAGAAUACAAGCAUGUAAGAGAAGUUCCAGGCGUCGAUGAAACUAAUCCUAAACCAAAAGUCGCUCCGACCGGACGAAAAUCCAUCAAAUCUCGUGGAAGGGAACGUUACUAUAGCAAACAAACCAAACCGCGUGAAGACCACACUGGAAAUGAAUCGUCAAAUAGCGAAACCAUCUCUUACGACAGCAUUGUCGGAAAAAAUAACCAAGACUCAACUUCCCAAUUUCCCGUGGAGAACUUUGGUUACAAAAUUCCCAAGAUUUCGCGGACGAGUAAUUUCAAUAAUGAACAAACCACUGAACCGUCAAAGGCGACUAACUCAUCGAAAAACUCCAGGAAUCAGGCUUCAAGGAAUCAUGAAUUAAGGAAGCAAACCUCAAAGCAAUUUACUGCUCCCAGUGGACAGCCCAAGCCACUAGACGGAUCCCCGACCGUUGAAAAUGUACUUGUACUGCCUUUUUACUACCACGACAAUCCGCAAUCCAAUUAUCGUGGACUAAACGACCCCGAUGGUUAA